AUGACGCUGGCUCAAUCUGGGCCUGAUCCAGCCCCUCCACCAGAGGCCCGGGUGACAGUCGUGCUCACAACCUCUCCAACUCCGUCAGCACCCUCAACUGAGCUGAUCUGCGACGUCCUCGAUAGCUUCCGCCAGCACUGCGCGGAGCUCGCAAGAUGCCGCAUCAUCGUGGUGAUGGAUACAUAUGAGCAAGUCGUGGACAAACCUCGACUCAAAAAGGGUCGCGUUACUGAAAACCAGGCAAGCUUCUACGGCACCUACAAAGACAGAGUCAAACGCCUGAUGCUCGGGAUGCAUGGUUUUGGGGAAGCGUUUGAUGACUUCCAUCUUUCCACUGAUGAGGUCAAGUAUGGCAACCCACUCAUACCUUCCAACAAUGUCAAAUACACCAUCACGAGAACCAAGAAUGGCCGUGUUUCAUUUAUCGAACCCAACGAACGACUUGGUUUUGGCCUUGCAGUUCAUGCUGCCCUCAAGCUAGUUGAGACUGAGUAUGUCUGGGUGCAGCAGCACGAUUGGGUACUCAGAAACGAACUGCCGUUGCAGUCACUGUUGGAGAUCAUGCUGGCAUCGGAAUGCGACUCGGAGGUCCCCAUCAAAUAUAUUUGCUUAUCGGCACCACGCAUGCAGUCUUACGCUGUUUCGGACCAUGUCAUCAAACACCCAGAACUCCUGGCUUUGACCAAGACUCUAAAGCGGGACUUUGUUCCAUCUUCUCAGCCUGAAAGACCGGUCUCAUUGACACCCAUGUUCUUUUGGCACGACAAGCCUCACCUUGCAUCGACUCGUCACUACUUGGAACGGAUCUUCCCAACAAGGCUUGCCAUUCCACGAGGUGCCUUCAUCGAAGAUACGAUUGGCCACCGGGCAAGAUCGCAGAUGAAGCAAGGCUCCUGGCAUAGAUGGGCUACCUGGCUGUACUACCCCGACAAUGGCAAGAUUCUGGGCCUGAGGCAUUUAAAUGGCCGGUCAUACAGAGGGAAGGAGAAUGAGGCGGAGAAGAAACGGCUGUGGAUGGAGCGCAACUCCCAAAAGGCGUCUAAAACUGCUCCGAACCCACAGUGA